AUGACAACUCGAGAAGCCUCUCACUCUGGGUCUUGGUACUCAAGCGAUGCCCACAAACUAUCUAGGCAGCUAGAUGGCUGGCUGGGGGAGGUGCCAGACACCAUGGACAAGGUCGGCUCGCUGCCAGCUCCAGGAGCCAGAGUGGUUAUUGCACCACAUGCGGGUUAUGCAUACUCGGGCCCCUGUGCAGCCUAUGCAUACAAGGCGCUGGACCUCUCCAAAGCAAAGCGAAUCUUCAUUCUAGGGCCCUCACAUCAUGUCGCGCUCUCCACAUUAGCUCUUCCAUCACUGACUUCCUACCGUACCCCUCUAUCCGAUGAACCCCUUCCACUAGACACCGAACUUAUUUCCCAGCUCUCGGAGAAACAGGCAGUGAAACCUGACGGGUCAAAAAUCUCCUUCAAAGUGAUGUCCCGUUCGGUAGAUGAGGACGAGCACAGCAUCGAGAUGCACCUGCCCUACAUCCACCGCUUGCUUCAACUCCAAUAUCCAGAUGCCCCUGCGUCCGAGUACCCACGCCUAGUACCAAUAAUGGUCGGGAAUACCUCUAAGACAACAGAACAGGCAUUCGGGGCCCUCUUAGCCCCCUACCUGGCGGACCCCGUCAACGCGUUCGUCAUAAGUUCGGAUUUCUGCCACUGGGGUACCCGAUUCGGCUACACAUACUAUGUUCCACAAGCUCCCAAGCCAGGACCAGAGCUCCCACUGUCUGACGAUGAGCUUCCACAACCCGGAGUGGACUCAAGCAGUGUUAGUCAGGCCAUCGAGAUGGUAUCGGCGGGUCGUUCCUUGCGGGACCGCGAUCGCCUUUCCAGCCAAGAACCUGCCAUUCAUGAAAGCAUCUCGGCAUUUGAUAUGGCGACCAUGGCUGCCAUCACGACUGGGUCUUCGAAGUCAUUCCUUGAUGUCAUCGAGCGCACGGGUAAUACUGUAUGCGGACGCCAUCCUAUUGGGGUCAUUAUGGCAGCCUUGGAGAUCGUCACAGCAAGUCGAGCAGCUGACGAGCAAGGACGAUUCUACUUCCUGCGGUACGAGCGUAGCUCGGAUGCUACACGGGUAAGCGAUAGCUCGGUGAGCUAUGUCUCUGCAUUUGCUGUUCUCUAA